CACGUCCACGGUCGGAGGGGUGGGCAGGAAAUUCGGUAUGUUAUCCAGACCAAGGAGGAUGUUGCACGGUUGUGGCCCAAGGUCGACCCUCACGAUAACAAGAUCCUCACGCUCGAUGCUGGACAAGCGUUUGUAGUGGGUGCAUAUGGAUAUGUACCGGAAGAUCCAGAUGCUCACUAUAACCUCGCCGUCAACCAAAAGGCGGUACUCUAACCAGUGUUCCGGCACAGGAGGUGGCUAGAAGGAGAAAAGGAAGCGACUCCCGACAAGCAGAAAGAAUCGAAUGCCCAUAUCGAAUCCCGACUUCCACCCCUUCGAGGUCCAGGAGCCAAUCUCUUUGAUUACAUUAAGGAGCUGGAGAAGGUCGAGGAGCGGCUUUCCGAGUUUUACAGUGGGAACAAGAAUCGAUUCAAGAAGCAUGCUUUGGACAUGGAGAGGGCCAAGCAAGCGGAAUAACCAGGCCAUUGCAGCGAGUCUGCUCGGUAUCUUAGGCGGAAGCAUCGGCCAACAUCGAGACCCUGCAAAUCCAGUGUUGGUCGGAGUGGGUCUUGGACAAUUCAAGAGCACCGGGCGCCUGUCAUCGCUUCAUUCUUCAUUUUUGGCAUGCUUUAUCCCGUUGGCGCGGUCGUUGGGCUAUAUCGUAGUUGGACUGAACGAAUACUACACUUCGAAAAAGUGCCC